AUGAUACAUUCAACGAUGAACAUUUGUAACGCGAGAUGUCGCGAGGCGUCUAUUAUGGCAACGCCCACAGGUGGCACCCAAUUCCUGCCUCAUCAUUACAACUCCAACGGCUUAAGUGUAACAUUCAAAAUUAGCAAGUCAAACUAUAUAGCACGAUGGAAUGACCAGCUCAAAGACACAGAACCGUCUCGGAAUUUCUGCGAUGUGGUGAGGAUCGUGAUGGACUGGAAUCGAUGGAGAGAUCUCACUCGUGCUCGAACGACGACCCUCAACCACGACAUGUUGGACACGACCAUAAAGAAAUAUGGUCAAUGGUUAUUCAUCUACCAUGAAAGGAGCGGCGGGCGGUUCAUCCCGCCCGCCGCUCCUUUCAUGGGCGGAGCAUGGGAGCGCCUCAUACGCUCCGUAAAGAACGCGCACACCGCCACGCUCCACGAACGACACCCGAAUGAAGAGGUACUCUCAACGCUGUUGGCAGAAGUGGAAUAUACGGUGAACAGUCGCCCGCUGAUUCACGUGUCAGUCACCGCCGAAGAUCCGGAGGCCCUCACCCCCAACCACUUCCUGCUGGGGGGUAACGGAAGGGUGCCGCAGCCGGGGACCUUCAACGAAAACGACGAAAUAUCAAGAGCCAGCUGGAGAGCAGCGCAACGUCUCGCCGAUGUCUUCUGGUCGCGUUGGGUACGCGAAUACCUGCCUGAGUUACAACACCGGCGGGAGCCGCAUGGACGUGGUUUAAGUGUUCAAAGUGGUGACUUAGUGCAAAUCGUGGACGCUAAUUUACCGCGAAAUGUGUGGCCCCGUGGCAAAGUCGUCGCUACGUAUCCCGGUCCUGACAAUAUCGUGCGCACGGUCGACGUGCAGACGAGAGCGCGUGCCCGACAAGACGACACGACCAACAUUAGCAUACUAUCGGCCGAACGCUGUGUUUCCCCAGCUCCACCCAUAGCCGAUUCUGGUCGGAUACCGACAUUCCCGUCGCCGAUUGCGGUCUUAGGUCGCGCGGUGCUGGACCGCCUCAGGAGUACGACAUUAAGCGUGGUGUCGGUGACAAGCGGAGCGGACGGCGAGUACCCCGCUCCGCUCGACGUCGCCCCGCUGUCGCUGGUGGCCGCCAACGCCACGUGUGCUGACAGCGGCGCCGAGGAGUUCUGCCGCGACACGCCUGGCAAGCGGGGUGUGGUAUGCGACGUUUGCGAAGGGGUCGACGGAUCGCCGUCCAGGCGCCACCCAGCAGCGCUGGCGGUGGACGGUGACCCAGCCACUUGGUGGCAGAGCCCUACGCAAGCCAACGGCGAGGAGUUCGCCCACGUCGAGCUGGUGGCAGCGCUGCCCGCUGAAUCUCCACGUAAUUCAGCACGUAUCUUAUCUCACUUGAGCACUAAUGACUUGCGCCAAACUACCUGCUCCUUUCGCGUGAUGAAUGAUCCUGCAGAGGUCACGUUUGUGCCGGCGCCUCCUCGGUCUAGCGAAGGGUCCGGCAAUAAGUCGCCGCGUCCGCAGGCGGCUAUUAGGCCCCGA